CCUCCAGGGCCAGCGUUGGCUGCCCAGGCUCCAGCUUUCCUGCCACAGCCCGUAGGCCACACCAGCGACGGUGCCGAGGGGCCCAGCCUGCUGGAUGGCGUCGUGUGGAUGGCGGCGCCCAAGAAAAGGCGCACCAUCGAGGUGAACCGCUGCAGGCGGAGGGACCCCAGUAAGCUCAUAAAAGUCAAGAGGAACAUAGAUGUUUGUCCCGAGUGUGGAAACCUGAAACAGAAACACGUCCUUUGUGGCCAUUGUUAUGCAAAGGUCAAAGCAGAAACACGGCUCAUACGGAUGGAAAUAGGUAAAAAGGAAGGAGGACCAUUUAAUGCCCCAACAGUAGAGACUCUUGUCCUUUAUGAUGGAGAAAAGCCCACGGAAAAAGAUGAAGGCAAACGGAUCAUUGAAAGAGCCAGGAAACGUCCAUCUUGGUUUGUUGAAAAUUGA